CUUUUAUUUUGAAAUCUACUUAACCGGAAAUGUACGCAAUCUCGACUCACACAUCCAGAGUAACAAGAUCGUCUACUAUUAAAUCUGACGACUGAGCGCCGGAGUUUAGCGAACGGCCGCUAAACAUGUAACUCAAGCCAUAAUCCACAGCCACGUUAAUUCCGCAACUUCAGCUCAGGCUAAUUAUCAAACAUGUAGUUUAGAGAUGCUGUCAUCGCAUCAUUGCACUUGCAAUGGGCUGUGUAGCGUCGGUCUGUAGCUGUUGACACAUCUGGAGCUGUAAUUGGCUGAGCGAAGAUGCAACAGGUGCCGUACGGAUAUGUGGAUCGAGACAAGCCUCUCAUCCGUGUGCCUUUCACCCGGUUAGCGGUAAUCACGGUGUGUCUGCCUCUGCUCGGCCUCAUCGCCUGCGUCGUGCUGGCUCUGCUUUACCACUACAAUGAUGCGACCUACACACACUGCCAGGUUCCUAACUACCUCCCAUCCAUCAGCGCGGCCAUCAGUCUGACACCGGAGCGCUACAUCUGGCGUUUCAGCAUCGGCCUUCAUUCUGCGCCGCGCUUCCUGGUAGCAGCAGCAUAUUUGAGUUUUUACCGUGGACGCUUUUCCAGGAGGCUUAAGGAGCAACUUCUGAGUGGCGUCACAUUCCUUUUAGCUUUAAGUGAAAAUGUAGGGCUGCUUCUGCUCACCUACGUCUCCUCCACUGAGACCUACAGUGUCCAUAAAAGCGGCUUCAUCGUGUUUAUCGGCAGUUCCCUGGUCCACAUGAUGUGCACCUGCAAGCUGUGGUCGAUGAUUGCCAAGUAUUCUCUCAGCGAAGAGGAGAUGAUGUCAUCCCGCCUGAAGUCCCGCCUCUUCCUCUUCAACCUUUUCUUCUGUCUGUUGGCUGCUUACUUCUACAGGCGGCACAACACAUACUGUGAAACAGGAAUUUACACAUUGUUUGCUCUGUGUGAGUAUCUGGUGGUCCUGUCCAACAUGGCCUUCCACAUGACUGCCUACUGGGACUUUGGAGGUAAGGAGGUGAUGGUUGCAACACCUCCAGAGGGAAAGCGCUUCUGACACAGGAAGUGAAUACUUGCAUCAUCUCCUUGAAACUUGAGACACUAGGGCUCUGAGGCCGGCACACAUGCUGAUAUAGGGUCGACACUGAUCGGAGCAUGUAUGUGUGGAAAGAGACUGUUUACAUCUUCACAUAUGGUGUUUUUAACUCAGUUGAAAGAUCACUGUCAGUAGUGUACUACAUUUGUAAUUGGAACGGCUGAUUAUGUUCAAAUAAAUUCCUUUUAAUUAGUUAAAUCAAAAUGUGAAGUGCCAUGUCUGUCUCUUUCUAGUUGGUUUAUCAGGGUCAUACAUUAUUUGUUAUUCUUAUUAAAUAUUAUAUGUUGGCAAAUGUAAAAGUAACUGAACUCUGAGGAGUGACGAUGGACUUUAAUGUCGUGUCAGUCGGUUUGCAGCUGCUGUUUCACAAGUGCCACAUUGAGCUUAUAUACACUGACUGCUGAUGCUGCUCAAAGACAUUUAGUUCAAUCACACCAGAUAUUUCUCUCUUCCUUUGUAAACGCUAAAGUAACUCAUGUGAAAAGUCCCUUGCACAGCGUUUCUUGUGUACCUUUAGUGGCUAUCGAGCAUUGUUAAGUUUGUACAUACUUCUGUGGUCAAAUGUAGUUGCGGUUAUUGAUCGUAAACGACAUGGGCUCUUAGGACACAUUUCAAAUAUGAUGUUGCCAUUGGUUGAAUGAGAAAACUGCUACAGUGCAAUAGUUCAGCAUAGUGUUGUGAACAUGACUGCAUAUAAUAAUGCUUUUAUGGUGUAUCAAAAUACUGUUUUUAAAUCAGUGUCAAAUAAAUAUUUGGAUGAAAAGUAAUCUGAGAUUAGCACAUGCAACAGUGGCUGAUGUUAGAGGUUUUUUUAUUUAUCGGUAUUGGGAUAUUUAUUUUUUGUAACGUUUUAAGGUGUCCUUGUUUAAGUGUGAUAAUACAAUUAAGUACUGAAUAUUUAUUAAUAACAUAAUACUAUAGGGAUAGGAUAGGAUUUGGUUUAGGGUAAGUUGCUUGUAAUUAUGCAUAAUUUACUGUUAUUACUAUGCUAAGUACAUGUAAGGUGUAACAGGUGCACUGCAAAAUAAAGAACUACCUUAAAUGUUCAUUAUAUACACUGUCGUUCAAAAGUGUGGGAUUAGUUUUCCGCCCAUCAAGGUUGCAUUUAUUUGAUUAAAAAUACAGAGAAAUCUGUAAUAUUUUGAAAUAUCAUUGCGAUUUACAACAAUGGUUUUCUAUUUUAAUGUACUGUAAAAUAAAAUUUAUUCCUGUGAUGCAAA